AUGAUACAUAACAAAAUCUGCAGUAAUAAGUAUAAAUAUUUAAUAUCCAAUUGAGUAAAGCUUUAAAAGUUGGAAUAAUAUAAAUUUGUUGUUGGCACAACUGAUUUUGUUGUGAUUACAGCAACGACCGCGGGUGCCACUUCGAGUGUCCACUAAUCGGCUCGAGUAUUUCUCAAUGAAUCAAUGCAUUUUCUAGUUGGCUGAGGAACUAACACAAGAAUAUGGUAUUCCUGAAGAUAUAUCUAUAAAGAUUACAACAACAUAUUUGAAGCUCUUUAGAAAAUGUCCUGACAAUGUAGUUCAUACUUUGGAUAUUUGGCGCAUAACUUUGUGGAGUAAAGCUCUUGGAGAAAAAUACUCAUAUCUAGCAAGAAAAAUUUACGAACGAUGGUUAUAUCUACGAUAUUAUUAUUUGACGCUAGCAUCAGAUGUAAUUUCUAUGCUUCGUCAGUUGAGGAUAAAAUAUCUCUUAGGUUUGAUUACAAAUGGUCCUUCUAAUGCACAAUGGGAAAAAAUACGAAAACUUUCACUCGAACAAUAUUUCGAUAUAAUUCUUGUAUCAGGAGAUUUACCAUGGGAAAAACCUGAAAGAGAAAUAUUUCGAAAAGCAUGUCGAUUUUUAAAUGUUAAACCAGAUAGUUGUGUAAUGGUUGGUGACAAAUUAGAAACUGAUAUUCUAGGUGGAAUAGAAGCAGGUCUAGGUAGUACAAUUUGGAUUCCAACAGUCGAUAAACCAUUUUUAUUAAGAGAAGAUCCACAACCAGAUUUUACUAUAAGGCAUGUCACAGAUCUUUUAAGUAUAUUAAAUAGAGGUCCUGAUGCUCCAGAACUUGAAGAUUCGUCUUCAAAUGCAUCUGAUGGUAGUUGAUAAAAAAACAUAUUUUUUUAGGUUUUCUUUAAAAAAAAUCAGCUGAUAUAAAAUUUGUAUAAAACUUGGUAAUUGUUUCUUCAUAACUAAAUAACUAUUAUUAUAGCAUGUAAUAUAUUUUAUUUUAAAAGUAAUUUAAAUUUCUUAUAUACAGGAUGUCCCGUAUACUUCGAUGGAUAAAUACA